UCCAUUAGACGUUUGUUUGACAAUUCAGCGGUGGGUUCUGUCAACAAGUCUACUCCUGCGAACAGAAAAACUCGUCCGACAAACAACUUUGUUAGUCCGAUUCGUUUGAUGUUGGAUCGAAUCAACGAUAUUGUCGGACGUCGCACCCCUCGGAGUAACGUCAGAAUAAGUAAACAAGAAAUAAUCAGCUGAUCAGAAACGUCUCAUGGAUUGCCUAAUUCCUAAGAGAUCUAUUCAACAUCUUGAGAGCACAGUACUUCUUGUUUUGUUUAUAUUUUAAACAAAAAAAAUUGAUCCAGAGAUCCCGUCGAUGUUCUAGAUCUGUUGCAUCCCCCUAAGGUUUAUUCAUUUUUAAAGCUAUGGCUUUUUCCGCUACAGCACUUCGCAAUCAGCUUGCUGCGCUGACAAACUCUUCCGGAAUUCAUAAAGAACAAGCAGAUAAGUACCGAGCAUUAUUAGAUCAAAUAUUACUCAACACUGGCAAUGAACUUGUGGAUACUUUGAAAUUGUUUAUUGAAGCAAUCGUAAAUGAGCAUGUCAGUCUUGUCAUUUCUCGGCAAAUACUGUCUGAUGUAAGUUCUCAUUUAACGAAACUACCGGAUGAUAUUUCGAAAGCAGUGUCCCAUUUCACUUUGGAUAAAGUGCAACCACGUGUAAUUUCUUUUGAGGAACAAGUUGCCAGUAUCCGCCAGCAUUUGGCACAAAUAUACGAACGAACUCAAAAUUGGAAGGAAGCUGCAAAUGUUCUUGGUGGAAUACCGUUAGAAACGGGACAAAAGCCAUACUCACUGGAUUACAAAUUAGAGACUUAUUUGAAAAUUGCUCGCCUAUACUUGGAAGACGAGGACCCAGUUCAAGCUGAGGCGUUUAUUAACCGCGCAUCUAUUCUCCAAGCCGAUACAAAGGAUGAAAAGUUACAAAUAUUGUAUAAGGUUUGCUACGCACGGGUGCUGGACUACCGUCGUAAGUUUAUCGAGGCUGCCCAACGCUACAACGAACUGUCCUACCGCACUAUCGUGGAAGAGGGUGAACGCAUGACUGCUUUGAAAAAAGCACUCAUAUGUACCGUUCUGGCUUCGGCUGGCCAACAAAGAUCGCGCAUGCUAGCUACUCUUUUCAAAGAUGAGCGCUGUCAACACCUUCCUGCGUAUUCCAUUUUGGAGAAAAUGUACUUGGACCGUAUCAUUCGCCGAUCAGAACUGCAGGAUUUUGAAGCCUUGCUUCAGGCUCACCAGAAGGCAAGCACCAUUGAUGGAUCUACCAUCCUCGAUCGAGCGGUUUUCGAGCACAAUCUAUUGUCUGCUAGUAAAUUAUAUAACAACAUCACGUUUGAUGAACUGGGAUCGCUUCUGGAAAUUCCGCCUCCUAAAGCGGAACGGAUUGCUAGUCAAAUGAUAACCGAAGGACGUAUGAAUGGAUAUAUCGAUCAAAUCGAUGGCGUCGUCCACUUUGAGACCCGUGAAAUACUUCCUCAGUGGGACAAGCAGAUUCAAAGCCUUUGCUAUCAGGUGAACGGGUUGAUUGAGAAAAUCAGUGCUGCCGAACCGGAAUGGAUAAAUAAGGUUAUGGAUGAAGAUAUGUGCACUUGAAUUCCUACCUCAGAAUAAUAGUUUUGAAUAAUUUGAAAAUGAUUGCUCUCAGCAUUA